AUGACAGUAAAGGCAGUGCACCUUGAGGUGGUCAGCGACCUGACGACCGAGGGUUUUAUGGCAACUCUUAAGAGGUUCAUCGCGAGGAGAGGCAAGCCACUACACCUGUACUCCGAUAAUGGGUCAAACUUUAUUGGGGCACACAACGAAAUUAAGGAGCUGUACGCUCUACUUCAAUCAAAGAGCCAUAACGAAACGGUCGAGCGAAGGCUGGGUGAGCAUGGCAUCUCAUGGCACUUCACACCUCCUCUGACUCCUCACUUUGGCGGUCUAUGGGAGGCGGGAGUAAAAUCUUUUAAGCAUCAUUUGAAGAGGAUCACUGACACUUUGGUGACCUACGAAGAAUUCAAUACUCUGGUGAUUGAAAUUGAAGCUAUCCUGAAUUCUCGCCCCCUCACGCCCAUAUCGACUGAUCCCAAUGAUCUACUCGUACACACUCCUGGCCAUUUCUUAACUGGUGACGCAUUAACCAGUCUGUCAGAACCCGAGUGGGAGUCCAGUCCAAGCAAUAGGCUUUCUGCUUGGGAACUUAUCCAGAAGAAACAACAGGAGUUCUGGAGACGUUGGUAUAAAGAAUAUCUCAACGAACAGAUCGCCAGAACCAAGUGGACCACUGGAGAAUAUCACAUCAAGGAGGGCACCAUCGUCAUUCUUCGGGAGGACAAUUUACCUCCUCGUCAAUGGGCUCUUGGGAGAGUCAUGCAAGUGUUUCCUGGUAGUGACGGAAUAAUAAGAUCAGUGAGAGUAAAAACAGCCAAAGGUGAAUUCGAUCGUAAUGUUCGAAAAUUGGCUCCAUUACUCGUUGAUCAAAAAG